AUGCAGGAGGCCCUCGGAGGAGCCGGAGCCGGAGCCGCGGACGGGCGCGUGAAGAACCUCCUCAUGUCAUGUCUGAAGGGGCAGCAGGUCAUCCUCAAGAUGGAGGCCAUGAAGAUAAUCCACCCAGAGAAGUUCUCGGAGCUGCAGAGCGCCCCGCCGCGCUACGUCCCCGCGCCCCGCCGCGAGCCCUCGCUGGUGGCCAAGCGGGCCUGGCCCUCUGAGUCGGAGAUCAUCGUCAACCAGGCCUGCGGGGACAUCCCGGCCCUGGAGGGCAGCCCGGCCCCGCGGGGGCUCUCCCGGACGCCCCCCCCGCCCCGGCGUGAGCGGCUGUACCAGGGGCAGCGCAAGGGCAGCUCCGACAUCCGCUACCACCGCCAGCCGCCGGCGCCCGCGGACGAGGUGAUCGUCAACCAGUACGUGCUGCGCCCGGCCACACCGUGCGAGCCGCUGGAGUGCCCCACCUGCGGCCACACGUACAACUUCACCAACAAGCGCCCGCGGAUCCUCUCCUGCCUGCACUCCGUGUGCGAAGAGUGCCUGCAGAUCCUGUACGAGUCGUGCCCCAAGUACAAGUUCAUCUCGUGCCCGACCUGCCGCAGGGAGACCGUGCUGUUCACCGACUACGGGCUGGCCGCGCUGGCCGUGAACACCAGCAUCCUGGGCCGGCUGCCCGCCGAGGCCCUCUCCGCCACCCCCGCGCCGUGGAGCAGCGACGCCGACCGCAGCUGCUACCAGACCUUCCGCCAGUACUGCGGCGCGGCGUGCACCUGCCACGUCCGGAACCCGCUGUCUUCCUGCACCAUCAUGUAG